AUGAGUAUUUUAAAUAAAAUCUACGAAAAUUGGGCUGAUCUAAUGAAUAAAUAUUCAGAUCCACGAACAUCCGAUUGGUUAUUUAUGUCAUCUCCGUUUCCAACAAUUUGGAUUUGCAUUUUAUAUGUCUAUAUUGUUAAAGAAGUUGGACCUAAUAUCAUGAAAAAUAGAAAGCCAUUUAAAUUAAAGUAUAUCUUAAUUCUAUAUAAUCUCGCUCAAGUGAUAUUGAGCUUUUAUAUAUUUUGGGAAGGUUUAACUAUUUGUUGGCUUUGGAAUUACAACUGGAGAUGCGAACCCGUUGACUUUUCUCGAAGUGAAACUGCAAUGAGAAUUGCAAGAGGAUGUUAUGUGUAUUACAUAAGCAAAUUUACAGAAUUUUUUGACACCUUUUUCUUCAUUUUGCGCAAAAGGUUUGAUCAAGUGUCAACAUUACACGUGAUUCAUCAUGGAAUUAUGCCUUUUAGCGCUGGUGAUUACAUACAUACAUUUUUAAACAUUAUCGAUGAUUACGAUAAUGAUUUCGUCUUUAUGAAUUGA